AUGUUUGAGAAGUUCAUGGCAACGACUAAUCAGUACAUGGAGGUUAACAACCAGUUUAUGAGAAAGAUGGACGCAGCUCUCCAAGAUCAAAGUGCUGCAAUAAAAAAUCUGGAGACGCAAAUGGGACAGAUGACAAUCUCCAUAACAGUUAGCAAGGAAUCAGCACCUACUUCAGAGGACGAGAUUGUGGAACAGACUAAACAAACAACAGAAGAUGUUGCUAAGAAGAGUUCCAAUACAUCACGAGUUACAGCUACCAAUUCUAUCAACCCUCAUAAGCCAGCUAUUCCAUUCCCACAGAGGUUGAAAAAACACAAAUUGGAUCAGCAAGAUAGUAAAUUUCUUGAAGUAUUCAAGAAACUACACAUCAACAUUCUAUUUGCUGAGGCAAUUGUUUAG